AUGGAGGAUGAUUCCAUUGACAUUCUUAUUGAUCGGGUGUUCCCAAAUCUUGUUGCUAAUUGCACUUCUGCCACUUAUAUGCACGAGUGUGCAAUACUAUCCACCAGGAAUGAACAUGCUGAUGCAGCGAAUGCACUUAUGAUUGAUAGAUUUCCAGGGAAGCAAAAGGUUUUCUAUAGUUUUGACUCUGUUGAUGAUGACUUGUGUAACAAUUAUCCUCUUGAUUUUCUCAACUCGAUUACCCCUAAUGGGUUGCCCCCUCAUGAGUUGAAGGUUAAGAGGAAUUGUCAUGUUAUAUUGCUUCGUAAUCUCGAUCCUCAUAAUGGCCUCUGCAAUGGAACUUGGCUGGUGGUACAGGGAUUUCAGAAUAAUUCAAUUGAUGCUGAGAUUGUUAAUGGGCAGCAUGCAGGAAAGAGGGUGUUCAUACCGAGGAUACCAAUGUCUCCUUCAGAAGACCUCACUCUUCCGUUCAAGUUUAAGAGGAAGCAAUUCCCCAUCCGGUUGAGUUUUGCGAUGACAAUUAACAAGGCGCAGGGUCAGACCAUACCUAAUGUAGGUAUCUACCUCCCCGAGCCUGUCAAGAGGUGUAUCUCGUGA